UGUUUUUUUAUUUUUUCAAGCAAGCAAUUCCUCUGUAUUCUAGCAUAUUGUGCAUUUACAGUAACUUAUACCGUAAUAUUAUAUUUGAUUUCACAUUAUCCUGUUAUUUCUUCUCCACUGGAAAUAAAAAAAACAAAAUUCAAGAUGCCCAUACAACUUCAAGAUAUUCAUGACCAAGACGAUUCUGUGGAUUGUCCGCUAUGUAUGGAAACAUUAGAAGUUGAUGACAUCAAUUUUUUUCCAUGUCAGUGCGGUUAUCAGAUAUGCAGAUUCUGUUGGCAUCGUAUAAGAACAGAUGAGAAUGGACUGUGUCCUGCGUGCAGAAAGUCAUAUCCUGAAAAUCCUGCAGAAUUUAAGCCUCUUAGCGAUGCGGAACUUCAAAAAAUCAGAUUGGAUAAGAAACAGAAGGAAGCUGCACGGAGACAAAAAAUUACUGAUAGUCGCAAACAUUUGGCAAAUGUUCGGGUUCUGCAAAAAAACCUUGUCUUCGUUGUAGGUCUCUCACAGCGACUUGCUGAAGUUGAAGUUUUGAAACGUCAGGAAUAUUUUGGGAAAUAUGGAAAAAUUCUUAAAGUAGUUUUGAACUCAAAUACAUCGUAUGCGGGAACGCAGGCACCAAGCUGCAGUGCCUACGUUACUUAUUCUAAAGUUGAAGAGUCCCUCAGAGCUAUUCAGUCGGUUAAUAAUGUUCAUAUUGACGGGAGGACAUUGAAAGCUUCUCUUGGUACGACAAAGUAUUGCAGCAAUUAUUUAAAAAAUCAAGUUUGUCAAAAACAUGAUUGUAUGUAUUUGCAUGAGAUAGGAGACGAAGAUGCAAGUUUUACUAAAGAAGAUAUGCAGAUGUCAAAGCAUCAAGAGUAUGAGCAAAAAUUAAUUCAACAAAUGAUUCAGAAAGAGAUAUCACAAGCUCAAGAAAUGAAAACUAAGGCAUCGAGGCAAGAUGCAAAUUCUGAGAACGGUGGUACUUCAGCUGGAAGUAGCCCUCCUACUGCGACAAACACCAUCACCCAGGGUUUAUCAGUUGCUCAAGCUGUGAAAAAGAAUACUAAGAUGGCAACAGAGCGUCCACGGAGACACAGCAGUAGUACCCCAACACCCCCUUCCACUGAAACGGGGGCAGACUCGGACCUACAAAUCAAGAACACUGGGAAGGCCCCACGGCUCAGUACUUCUGUCGGAGAUCGAGACUCCAAAGUUGGGAAUAAACCUUCUUCGCGACGCAAUGUCGGGAAGAAAAAUAUAAAUGUGCAAAAUGGAAAUCAAGCUCCGAGGCACAAGAAGCAACAGCAACAACAACAAGGAACUUCUAGUGGAAGUAAAAAAGUGCCAUCGAGGGCACAUAGUGCCAGUCCUUCCACACAAAACUCACAAUCUGCACCAUCUGUAGAGCAUUCCCCGCCAUCAUCAAUGCCCAUAUCCACACCCGAAUCGGUAGAAUCGUCACCGGUGGUUACGCCAUUGAGAGAAGUUGCCAUGGAAUCUAAUCAGAUUGGAGUAAAUAGUACUCAACAGACUACUACUAAUGAGAUGACGAAUAAGAUUGCACUGAGAUUUUCUGAAGAAAACUCUCUUUCAAUGGGUGAAACACAGUCUCCGACAUCUAUUACAACAACAUUACCAAUUGACAUCCCACCAGGGUCUGAUGCACAUAUGGAUAAAAAUCGUGACACACCACUCAGCGAUACAAGUUCUAUUGAUAGAAAAUCUCCUUUCGUUCGAGAAAAUUUAUCACAAGACAGUCAAUCUUCUGUUAAUAAUCAGUUGAAUUCAGGAGAUGCAAACUUGGGAAAUCGAAACGUUUUACAACAAUCAAGAUUCAUGAUGAUGCAUAAGGAUCCUGGUAGUAAUCAUGAUCCAUUCUCAAGAUUAAUUUCCAAUAAUCUCGGCUAUUCACCUUUCGGUAUGGCUUCAAACAACACUGGACCAUCAACGUUACUUCAGGAUUUACCUACUCCAGAUAAAGGGUUACCAGCGGCACAACCAACAUCACGCAAUAUACCACCUCCACCACCAGGGUUAGCUGGAAUUCAGCCUGCUAAUAAUUUGAGUGGUUGGCCAUCAAGUAACCCCCACAACCUAUCAGACAGCAUGCCUAUUAAAAGUACAAAUGAUUGGGAAGCAAUAUUUGGAUUCAAAUCAUCUGCAAAAGAAGUUCUUCCAUCAGCAGAUGACGAUCUAGGAUUCGAUCCAUGGGUUGAAUGUAGCAAAGGGUUGGCUGAUUUGAUGGAAAAAGAAAAGACGCAAGAGACUGGAGCUGUUCAUAAUAACAAUAUUCCAUAUUCAACCAAUACCUUUCCAUUUAAUUCAAACCCAACUUUUUCCGAUAUAUCUGCAACACAAAGAAGACCAACAUCUUUACAUAAUCCCAACCAUCCGGGUGUACAUCAGGCUGGAUUUCCUGGCGGGAAUGAUCUCAUUAAUGGAUUUUCCAAUCUUAUGAUGCAUGGAACAUCCCAGCAUUCUCAACAGCACAAAAUGCCUUUCCAAUACGAUAAUUUACAACAACGUCAGUUCGAGCAAAAUCGAUACAAUCAACAACAAAAAGUUUCCAAUCCCUUCCAACAAAUCGAUCCAUCAGAUAAGAACAUUCAUCAAUUUUUGGGAUCUGCGAACUAUCAAAAGCAGGGUUUUAUAAACCAUGGGGGCCCACCUACUCCGAACAAAGAUCAAAUGAAUAAAAAUCCUGCGAAUAUUACAGAUUGGCAAAAUGGACUAAGGGCUUUGCUGCCGAGCGUAAAUAUCAAUUUUGCAACUCAAGGACAAAUUCAGAGACCUAACUCAAGGCCUGUCGAUAAUUCCUCUUUAGGUUUAUCCAGCUUAGGUAUGCCAGCAGAACAUAACAAACAUAUUAAUAUUCCUCACCCACCAGGGAUUUCAAGCUCUGGUAUGAAUCCCCAUCCCCCUUUCAACAAAUCUAAUAUCAUGCCCCCACCUGGGGUGGGUUUUCCUGGCAGGUCAUCUUCUUUUAUGCCAUCAAGACAGCAAUGGGGUGGCCCUGAAUCUUCCAUGUCCACACCUGGAAUGUCCUCGAACAGACUUGUUAGCCCUGCUAGUUUGCAGUCCUUAUUUGCUGGUGGAAACCGCUCUGAAUCUAAUCCUAUGCCUGGUGGUACAAUGCCAUCCUACCCACCCGAUCCUGCCAUAAUUCAAGGAGGCAUGCCAGGUUACGGACCCACAAUGAGGCGUAAUAGACUAUUUGAAAAUCCACAAAACAAAUCUUCGCACAAUAAUAACGAGGAUCAGCCACAUUGGAUGAAAUCGCUGCAAGCUUUAACUGAGCCCGACAGUCCAAUCCACCCUAUCCCACCUUCGAAUAACUCUAAUAUGAACCAACUUUUUUCACAGCGCCCAACAAACAGUGGUAUGCCCUCGUGGCCUGGGAUGCCUGGCUUAUUUUCUAAUUCAGGUUUUGUGCCUUCACAGCCACCUCCUGGAUUUCAAGUCAGGCCUUCUCUAUCAAAACCCACAGAGUUUGGUAUGAUUCACAGCUUAUUGGAAAAUCAGUCAUAGGGUUGGAUUUCUUUUGAACGAUAUUAUCAAAUAAAGUAAUUUAUAUAUUUGUUGGAAUUUCUCUUACCAUAAUUCAAAUAAAUGCGGUUUGUUUUUUCGAUCCGAUCACUGAUCUCUGACAAAAAUGGUACACAUGGUAAAAUGGACAACACAAUAUUUGAAAAAUUGUUGCAAUUUUAAUUUCUUGAAAACGUGAUAAAAAAAAUGUGGAUGAUUUCCACUGGUAUUCUUGUGGCUUGGUGAAUUUUGGUAGUCGUGACAAUUUUAUCGAAAAUAUUCAGAACAUUGAAGAGCAUUUUCUGGUGACUUCUGGUUUCAUUUAAGUGUUACUACUUUUUCUUGGCCAAACUUGAUGGUGCUGGCAUGAUGUUCUUAUUUGUCUGUUUUCCGCUUUAUUUCAACUCAAUGGUCAAUAAAGAUAUGGAUUUUUUCGCUUUUUAUAUG